AUGCCUCAAGUUGUCAUCUCAGGUCAGAACACCGAAUCUGUAAGAUGGGAAGGAAUAGUAGCUGUGACAGAAACAAACAGGAAGGCAACUUCUGCCAGUGACUCAGCAUCCUCAUCGGCUGUCGACAAUGGCAGUGUGGCAGCUAUUGCUGCAGGUGUCCCCAACUCAGUGCAAUUCCCUGAGAUGACGCUGCUAAAACAGGAAAAACUGUACCAGCAAGAUGCCUCACCAUCAUCAACCUCCAUGUCAUCUGGAUAUGACUAUGAUGUUUUCCUGAGUUUUAGGGGGCCAGAUACUCGCUCAGGCAUUACAAAUUUCCUUUAUACCAGGUUGUUAGGUGCUGGAAUCCACACAUUUAAGGACGAUGAAGAGCUCCGAGUUGGCGAGGAGUUUGGUCCUGAGUUGCUCAAAGCUAUUAGCCAAUCAAAAAUUGCAAUUCCCAUCUUUUCCAAGGGCUACGCCUCUAGUAAAUGGUGUCUUAAUGAGUUGGUCCAAAUGGUGGAGUGUAGUAAAACAAGGAGACAAAAAGUUAUGCCCAUUUUUUAUGACGUUACUCCAGCGGAGGUCCGUCAUCAAAUUGGGUCUUAUGAGGAAGCCUUUCUUUCGCAUAAGGAGAAAUUUGGUGUGAACUUCAGUAAGUGGAAAGCUGCUCUCAACCAUGUUGCCAAUCUAAACGGAUGGGACAAUUCGAAGAAAAAUAGAGGUGAAGGAGAAUUGGUAGGCGAGAUUGUCCAGGAGGUUAUAGGUGAGUUGAAAACGGCUUAUCUGCUGGUGACAGACUGCUUGGUCGGAGUUGAAAAUCAUGUGAAGGAAAUCGAUACAAUGAUGUGUGGUGAUUCAGAGGAUAUAAGAAUUCUUGGAAUCCAUGGUAUGGGGGGUGUCGGAAAGACUACUCUUGCCAAAAUCAUCUAUAACCGGCUUUCACAUCAUUUUGAAUCUUGUUGCUUCCUUUCUAACAUCAAGAGAACUUCAGAGCUCAAGGGCAUUGAAGGUUUGCAAAAUCAACUAAUCUCUGACGUUCUCAAAACAGAGUGGUCAAACCUUAGCAAUGUUGAGGAAGGAAUUAAGAUAAUAAAAGAAAGGUUAUGCAGUAAAAAGGUUCUAUUGCUACUUGAUGAUGUUGAUCAAAUGACUCAUUGGGAUGCACUGAUAGGAAAACCUAUAUGGUUUGGUUUAGGAAGUAGGAUUAUCAUAACUAGUAGAAACAGGGAUAUUGUCGAUGUUCCUGAGGUUUGUUAUCCAUAUGAGCUUAUGAGCAUGAACUUCAAUCAAUCUCUUCAACUUUUUUGCAAACAUGCUUUUGGAAGAGAUUACCCUUUGGACGACUAUGUUGCUUUCUCCACUGAAGUGGUCAAAAGUACAGGAGGUCUUCCUCUUGCUCUUGAGGCUAUAGGCAAACUACUUCCGCACAGAAGAAAAGAUGUUUGGGAUGUGAUAUUGAAGAAGUUGAAACAAGUUCCUCUCAAUGAAGUAAAAAGAAAUUUGAAAAUAAGUUAUGAUGCCUUGGAUGAUUGUCAAAAGCAUAUCUAUCUUGAGAUAGCUUGUCUUUUCGCUGGAUUUGAUCAUAGGAUAGUGCUCCACUCGUGGAAAGAUUGCAAUCUCUUCCCAGAGGAAGGUCUUGAGGUCCUUCAGAGAAUGUCUUUGAUAAAAAUCGACGAAGAUAAUAAGCUAUGGAUGCAUGAUCAGCUAAGAGGCCUUGGUAGAGAAAUUGUUCGUCGAGAAUGUGAUAGGGAACGAAAAAAAAAGACUCGGUUGUGGAACCAUGCGGAAGGAUUGGACGUGGUGAUGGAACCGAAGGGAACAAAAAAAAGUGAAGCUCUUUGCCGAAAACUUGACCCUCAGUUGCUCUACAAUUUUGCAAACGAAGAAGUUAAGAGGCUAUCCAAUCUAAGAUACCCUGAAGUGCGGAUUUUCCAGGAUAAUUGGCCUUCAAAUGAUAGGGUAUAUGGAAAUUCGACAUGUUUGAUGCUGAGUAAGAUAGGCAUUUGUGUUUGUCAGCUAGGUAGACAGUUCUUUUUACCUUCCCUUCAAUAGUGAAAAUAAAUAGACACAAAAUGUAUACUUUGUAUCUAAACAAGAGUUGAAUAGGUCAUCCUCUCAUCAUGAAUAUAUUAAAGUUUUGCCGAGUGCAAUAGAUCAACAUCAAGGUCUCUCGUCAACAUGU